AUGUGCCUAGAAGAAAAGCAGAAAAAAAGCUACGACGAUAUUCUGUUAAAUUUGUGUUUAACCAAAGAUGAUAGAAUUGGACCUGUCUUAUAUAAAUUAAUUCCGUUAGUAUUAAAUGAAAUUUUAAUUAGUGAAGUAAAAUUAAGAAAAACCUUAGUAGAAAUUAUCAGCCAGUGUGUUUUAAGAUGUAAAUCGCUAGAAAAUGUCAAUAUACCCCUCUCGGAAAUCGUUGAAAACUACUUUAAAAAUGUCGAUAAGGAAAGAUAUAGUAAAGGUAACUUUAAUGAUGAUACAGAUGGUGAUAGUACCAGUAGGAAUAGCUGGAUACUGUACAACAGCACUUUAUCUAUAUUCUUAGAUAUUGGUUUUAAGAAUGCAAGUGAUGAAGAGAAGCUAAAAUUUCAAAAAAUAGUAAUCGAAAACAGCGACAAGCUUUCAAUGAAUAGGGCAGCGUGUAUAUUUUUGAUAAUAAAAUUCAUUGAAUGUUUAGACAUUUUAAAUAACCAUACAAACAAAAAAAAGAUGGAGGAAUAUAUCUCUAGUGAUUCUAAUAAUAAUAUUAGGAAUGAUAAAAAAAUUAGCAAUUUUGUAAAACAUAUAAAUGAAUUUUUGGUAGUACCAAUUUAUUGCAAAAACAUGAAAGAAAUAAAAUUUCUUGAAGCAGAAAUAGUAAAUAUUUACAGACAAAAAUUAUUCAAUAAUAAGAAUUAUUCUAUAACAAAUCAUAUAAAAAUGAAAAAAAAUACCUUAUAUUUUUUGAGUAGUUUUAUUUGUAACCAUAAUAUAACAUAUUCUUCGUACAUUAUUUGUUCUAAUGAAAAAUAUGACGAAAUUAAAGACUUUGCAAUUUCUUUACUUCAAAGUAAAAAACGAUUUCUUAAUUUUAAUGAUACAUUUUUUAUAGAUAUACAUUUGGAUAUUAUAAAAUAUUUUGAUAACUAUAUGUAUUCGAUUAAUUAUAUCAUCAAAAUUUUAAGUUUAUUUCAAAAUAGUGUCAUAGUAGCUAAAGAUAAGAAAUAUUUACAUCCUUUGUUGAAUUAUAUAUACUAUUAUUUUUUCUGUUUUUCUAGUGAUGUAAAUAAUGUAAACUUUGUGUGUGAGUUUACGAAUUUUCAAAGCUUACUUAAAGAUAAAGCAAAAUUUGUAAAUUUUUUGAGUGAAAACAGACAUACUAUAAAGUUAAAAAAUGAGGAGAUGAAAAAAUGCCUUUUCGAUUUAAUGUUAUUUAUAUUACAAAAUACAAAAAAUGUGUAUAUCAACGAGUAUAAUGAUUGUAUUUUUCAUUUAAUAUUUUGCUAUUUGAAGAUGCUAGAAGGGCAUGAUAACAACGAUAAUGACGAUAACGACCAUGAUAAUAAUUGUAAUAACAGUUAUAGUUCUUUUACAAACAUCUCAACAAUGAUAGAAAUUUUUUUUGAAAUGCAUAUUAGUGAUUCUGAAAUGAACAUUCAAGUGUUGAAUAAGUCUUUUAUGUUGACAUAUCUAUUUUUUGAUAAGUUAAAAAGGUUUCGAAAAAGUAAAAGAGAGUCAUAUAUCGUUUACAAUAAGAUAAAUGACGUUUUAUCUGCUUUGGAAAAAUAUUAUAAGAGUUGUCUUUAUAGGAAAGAAAAGAUAAUGAAGAGUGAAAAGGAGUACCUCACUUGUACGGCUAUAAGUAUAGACGCUUGUAACAGUGUAGAAAAUAUUAUAUCAUUGGAAAGGGGUGAAAAAGAUGAUAAAAGGGAAAGUUUUAAGAAAGUCAGAGAAGGGAAGGAAAAAUCAAACAAAUAUGAAGAGUGCAAAAAUUGGAAAAAUAUCAUUGUUCAAAAUAUUAUGAAUUUGUUAGAUCGAUUUAUAAUUUUUUCAGAUAAUACUUUACUAAUUAGUACACUAUUAAAAUGGUGUGUUCAUAUAUUUUCCCCUGAAAGUUGUGAGUUCAUUUAUUACCCAUUACUUUAUGAAAAUUGUAAUGACAUUGUUUUAUCAGAUUUUGUAAAGGAUUAUAUAGAACAACAUAAGAAGGAAAGCAAAUUAUCAUUUGAUAAAUACAUUUUUUUUAUUACAAAAAAGUUGUUGCACUUGGAUGACGGUGAUGUUAUAUACCUAUUUAGAAGCACCAGUUUCGAGGAGCAUAAUAAUGUUUGGAUAGAAGUGGAUGAACAUUCUUUUGAAAGUGAAAGAAAUGGGGGAAAUAAUGACUACUCAUUCAAUUGUACGAUAAUAGUAAAUAACAAAUCGGUAUUAAUAAAUAACGCAGAAUGUGUUAUGGACUACUCAAAUGUACAUCAUGCAAAUUUUAAUCUGCGACAUUUGUAUAAUUUAAUUAAAUAUUUGGAAGUAGUGGAUUUUUUUGAAAUUUCUCAUGUCGAAAGUUUUUAUUGUUCCUUUUUAAUACUAGAUAUAUUUUUAAUUAAUAUUGUUAAUUUUGAAAGUGAUUUGAAGGACUCUUAUUUUUUGGCGUACUGCUCUAUGUUUACAUUAAUAUUAAAGAAGCUGAAAUAUUUUCUUAAUGAUAUGAAAAAUAAGAGAGAAAAAAAAAUUCCCAUCUCUGAAUCUUGUAAUAAUUUAAAAACUGUCAAAAAAAAUAUACAUGAUCAUUUAGAGAUAUUAUUAAAGGGAAGGUUAGAUAUAAUUUUGAACAACAUAUUAUAUACAGGUAGCAAUAAAUUAAUAAAAGGGGGUGCUAAAUUAUUAACAAAGUUGUAUGUACUGAUUAAAAAUGAAGGAAAUAGGGAUAUAUUUGAAAAAAUUUUACAUUCUCUAAGUUCGGAAAAAUUUGAACAAAAUGGUGAAAGUGAUAGAAGUGAUAAAAAUUGUCAAAAUUUGAAGGAGUUACAUUACCAUAUAACCUGUUCUCAUAUAUAUUUAUUUGGCUAUUUAAUUAAAAAAGAAAUGAUUUUUGAUGAAAUAUAUUUUGGUGUAUUAGAAAAACUUACGAAUUAUUUGUUUUAUAUAUAUUUCAAUUAUAUAAAAGAAAGGAUAAAAUUACAAAAAAGUAGUUUGUUAAAAUAUUGUAUUACUUUCUUCUAUUUAGUAUUUUUUUCCAAGUACUUUUUAUCUUUUUGGAUGAAAAUAAUAAAAGGAAGUAUUUACACAGGAUUUAAAGAAGCCCAUGAUGAGUACCCUUCUAUGUGUCAAUAUAUAGCCAGUAUAUUGGUAAAUAUAUUACAAUAUGCGAAAGAGAAUGUAAAUAUUAACAAUUUGUCUUUACUAAAAAAGGUAUUAAAACUUUUAAAUUGUUUUUCAACUUUGAAAGAUGAUACCAUUAAUUCUUUGAUGAUGGAAGAUAUAAAAGAUACUUUGUAUGUAGGUAAUUUUGAAGUUCAAAAAAUGUAUGGUUGGCAUAUAUCUCACAUAUUUUUAAGGUUAGACAAAAUGAAUGCAAAUAGGUUAUGUGCUGAAUUUUUAACAUUUAUUUUUGAUUAUUCUCAAUUUUCUCUAAAUGAUGCAAAUGAUGUAAAAAAUAAAAAUCAAUUUUUGUGUUUAACUAUGUUUUAUGUCAUCUAUUAUAACCCGUUUUUGGAAUAUAUAAAUGAGAAUGUUUUAUCCAUAGGAAAAUUUUUCAUUGAUAAUAUUAAAUUAAAAAGUGAUGUAUAUUCUGAAUAUUGUUUUUUGGGUUUAAGUGCACUGUUCUUUUCUCUCUCUAUUCAAUCAAAUAUGGACAUUAAUAAUAUACACAUGUUAGUAAGGAAUUUCCUUUUAUUAAAAAAGGGAAAGUAUUAUUUUGAUGAUAAUUGUAAACAAAAUAAUGAGGAUAUUUGUUUAAAUGGUAUGGAAAGGAAUAUGCCAAAUUUUGGUAAACUGGAUGGAAGUACAAACAUGAAAUGGUACAAUGGAAAUUUUUCAGAAAAUGAGAAAUAUAUUACUGUGGAUAAUUCUCAUGAAAAGGUAGAUAAAAAAAGUAGGAGUUGUUCCAUUUUCGAGAAGGAAUUAGCAUAUUAUUUUAGUCAUAUCAGCGGUCUUGAUAAAGAAAAUGCGGAGGCAAGUGAUAAUGUCGAACAAAUGGAGGAGUGCGAAGACUUAGAUGAAGAUAUAAUAAACUGUUAUAAUAAUAUGUGUAUGAAAAAGGUAGACACGCACGUAGUCGAAAAAUACGUAGAAGGAGUAUAUAAUUCGUUCAGUGAUACAGAUGAUAAUUCAUUUUAUAAGAACUAUUUUAAGAAUAAAGAGAAAGAGGUUGAUAAUAAUUUUAUAAAUGAUAUAAAAAAAUUUGAGAGUAGAAAGGAUCAUGUCUUGAAAAAUGUAUAUGAAUAUAUUAAUAAUGAAAGAAAUGUGGAAUUAAUUAUGCAUUAUGUUUGUCUAAGUAGAUAUUGUUGUAGCUAUGUGUACACGUUUUUAUUCAUGCAGUUCACAGAGUUAAUAAUUUAUAAGUGGGAUAAAAAAAUAAAGAACUCUUUUUUUUAUUCCUCUGAGUUAAAUGAUAACGAUAAACAUCCAAAGAGCUACAGCAUUUCUAACCUGUUAAAUAAACUAAAAAUUAGGAUCAAUUUGACAGCUGCUGAAAGCGAACAAGUGCAGCAUUUGUGUUGUUCCACUCCACUGGACAGUGUUAGAUGUGCCGUUAAAAAUGGUUUGAUUGAUUUUAAAAAAGUAAAUAAAAGAAUCUACAGAAUUGUAAAAUACAUAUAUAAGGAAAUGUUAUUAAGUAUAGUAAAAUCUCGAAAUGAGGAAAUUAAGUUUAAAAUUUUUCAGCAUAUACCAAUAAAAGAUGUGAGUAAGACUAUGACAAAUAUUGUAGAGAAAUUCUUACAAAUGAAAUGUGAAUUAACUGAAGAAGAUUAUGGAAUGAAUGGACUUAAUCGAGAAUUAACAAACUUUGUUAUAUCAAAGAAAAACGAUUUGAUUAACCAAUCUAUGUUAACAUAUUUAAUUGAAAGUCUUAAAAAAAUGAACUUAAAAAUUUUCAUAAAAGAGAUGUCCCAUUUUUUAUGUUUUAUUUGUACUAUUAUUGAUACAUACCUGAUGAACACAAAAUUAUGUAUAACGUUUUUGAAUAUGUUUAAAAAUAUUUGUACUAAAUAUUCGAAUGAGUUUAAGAAUUGGUAUUUUCGUGAUAGAGAUGAUGAUAGUAGUAGUAAUAAUAUCAAGUUAUCUCAUCGUUUUGAUGGGGGUAAGAAAAACUGGAUCGACGUUGUUAAGAAGGGUGAACCGGCAAAUAGAAGCAGAGUUAAUAGUAAAGGAGAAACAAGUUUAGUUAGCAAAAUGAAUGAACAUGAAUAUUAUGAUGAAAAUGAAGACAAUUUAAAUGCAGUUAUAAUGAAUUUAUUGCAAUUCUACAAAAAGUGUAAUGGGAACAAAAAAUUAGAAUUGUAUUUUAUAGAUUGCUUAAAUAAAAGCUUACUGUCAUCAGAUGUUAUAGUUUUUGAUUUACGAAUGUUACUGGAGUUUUAUAUACAAAAUAGGGAAAAAAUUGAAUCGGAUUAUAACGAACUGAGUAUCCAAAAUGAUAAGAACGAAAAUGAAUUUUACACGAAGGGUGAAAGAUACACAGAUGGUGAAACAUACGCAGAAGGUGAAGGAUACAGAGACGAAAAAGUGCACACGGAAAGUGAAAUAUUUUUUGGGAAAUUAGUUAAGUACAAUAACUCAGAUAAGCACAGUGAGGUUUUAGAUAAAAUAAUUAGCAAUUAUAAGGAUUCUUCAGAUAUCGAGGAAAGUUUAAAAUAUGUUUUAGUCCUUUUAAAAGAGGGUAAUAAAGGUAAAUAUAUUUUAAGUUCAAUUUCAUUUGUAAUUAUUAAGUUGUUAGAUAGGUAUGAAGUAUUAUUUCCGGAUAACGUGUAUUUAUAUAUUCAAUUGUGCAUAUACGCGUUUGACACAAUUUGUGCUUUUAUUACAAGAAAUAUUUAUAGCAAUCAUCUGUCGCAUAUAAAUGAUAUAUUGUUUUAUUUGAUAAACCGAAUUCCUAAUCAUCAUUACAUAAAAUUUGUCUAUUUUAAUUUGCUAAGCGAUUAUUCUGAAGCUCAUAUAUCACUUAAGGACAGUCAGAAUAUUAGGAAUUAUAGCGGUUCUGUGAUUUUAUAUUUAUUAAAAAAAAAUUACCUUCUAGAUUUAAAUGAUGAACAUAUUUUUAGAGACAAAAAGAGAGUAGAAAAUGUUAAGGUAUUUAACGAGAUCGUCUUUUUUAAUAAAGUGAAUAGUCAUGUAAAAGAAAUGUUAGGAGCAGAUACCUUGAAUUUAAGGAUUAAGCAAAAAGCUGAUAACUUAAAAUUGAACAAAGAAUGUGCUUAUAAUGAUAAUUCAAUUAGUAACCUACUUUUUUAUAAAUUAAUCGAUAAGUUAAAAAACGAGUCAGAUUUAGUAGAUAACAAACUUGCAUCAUACAUUUAUAAAAACUCAGUUGUGGAUGAUGUGUAUGUGGAAAAUGUGGUGAGAAAUAGAAUAGAAACAAAAUUAACUUCAUUUAAGCUUAAACAUGAAGCAGUAGAAACUUUACUUUACACAUUUGAUGAGGAGAUAAAAUUUAUAAUUAUGGAGGUUUGUACUAUAUGCAAUGAAGAGCUUAAAAAGGUAAAACUGUUUGAUGAAGAAAAUAAGAAGUUGUUUAAUAUGCUUGAACCUAAGUUGACUGCGAGGAGUUUUAUCAUUAAAAAUGUAAAAAAUUAUGAAAAUAAUUAUUAUAAGGAUAUGUAUGAAAUUUUGUAUAAAAGAAAUAUUUUCCAUUUUUAUAAAUUUUUUAAUGAAUAUAUUGAAGAAUUUCAUAUAUUUUUAGAUUCGAAAUUUUCAAAAGAUAAAAGGGCAUGUUUGAUAUCGAUAGAUAAAUUUAUUGAAUCAUUUGUAGACAUUUACAAAUGUGAGGAUUAUGAUAAAUUAGAGUAUGAAAAUUUAAGAAAAUUUUUAAAUUUAUAUUUGAAAGUAAAAAGUUUGUUUAAGAAGGAAUAUUUAGAACAAGACAAUAAUAAUUAUUUUACAAUUUUGACGAUAUUAAAAUGUAUUAAUUUUAUGUUGUUAUUAAUAUAUCAAAAGAAAGAUGUAAAACAGGGAAAUUAUGCAGAUAAUUUGUAUGUACUUGAAAAAGAUCUUGUUAUUAAUACAAGCGAAAUUUAUGAUAUUUUUGAAGACAUUUUGGAUGUCUUUAUUGAAGUUCGAGAAUUUGAAAUAUUUCAACAUGUGUACAUUUUCCUUUUUAAUAUCCCACCUAUUUUUAUCAAAAAUUUUAAUUUUGAAAAAUUAUACAAGUGUUUAAUUCAUUUUAUAAAUAAAUAUUUUUUAAACCAUUAUUCUGAUAUAGCUAAUUAUGACAGUAAUUUUUGUCUUCAUUUUUGUAAACUGGUUGUUUGCGUAUUUUCUUAUUUUUUGAAUAAGGAUGAUUUGAUCUCUUGGUUACAUUUUUUCAAUUAUCGAUAUUUAAACAAGUUUGUAAAGUUUGACAUUUUGCUUAAGUAUACUUUUGAUAUGAAAAAAGUUUAUUACCAUGAAGAUAUAAUUAAGAGUAUGUGUUUAGAAAUAAAGAGUCCUCCACUUUUUGAGAACAAAAUUAUGCAUGUUUGUAAGCAGAAAAAUGAUGAUAUAUUGGAGUAUAAUUAUGCAGGGGUUUCAUCUAAAUAUACAGAAGAAACGAUAGAAGAUUGCGAUGAAAAGAAGUGUGCGAUGAUAAAUUAUACUAACAACAGCACAUCAAAUCAUAUCAAAAAUUUAGAUAUGAAUGGGAAAAAAAAUGUGUGCUCUAAUGUUGAAGAUAAAUUUCUUGAUUACUUGAGAAAAUUCCUAUGUAUUUUAUUUGAGAUUAGUAAAGAUAAUAAUAACAUUUUAAUUGUAAUAAAAACAUUUUUCCAGUUCAUGUUUUAUAAUAAAAUUUCUUUUUUUCAAAUAGGGGGAACACGUUUUUGGGAAAAAAUUUACAAUUAUAUUUACUUAUCAAUUAUAAAAAACAAAACUAAAAAAGGGUUUGAGAAUUUAAUGGAUAUAUUAAAUAUAUUGAUGUGUAUGUAUAAUUCAUAUGGUUAUCAAAAUGAAGACGAUAAAAAAAUUCACGUAGAUAUAAAAAUUAAUGAAUUUCAUCCUAGUCUUUUUUUUGAUGAUUCCAAAAGUUCGAAUAUGAACAGUACCACCAUUACUUUUGUAUUUAUUAUUUUUUUUAAGAUUCGAGAAAAAUCGAAAUCGUUCCUAUUUCCUGAUUAUAUUGUUCAAAAUUUAAGGUAUACCAUUAUGCUAAAUUACCCCCAUUUUUUCUUAUGA